AUGGUCCAACUACACGACAUCCUCAUCAUUGGCGCGGGCCCCUGCGGCCUCGCCGUCGCCGCUCGAUUGAGAGAGCAAACGCCCUCCGCCAUAUUCACAGAUUCCGAGCACCAACGAUACCACUGGAUCAACAAGCACAAGGGCAGAAUGAACCUCAUCAGACGAAGACCAGGGAAGAUGGGUAGCUUGGGGAUUCCCAAGCAACAAGCCGUUUCAGUAAAGGAACGGGCUUCGUCGGUCUCAAGCGAAGGUUCAAACGCUUCUACUCCCACAACAUCAACAGCAGAAAACGACUCCGCAACAUCUCUAUCCUCACAAGCCUCCGACUUCGAGUCCGAACCCGAAGAAGAGGAAGAACAAUCCCCCACCCUCAAAAUCCUCGACUCGACAGGUCCCAACUGGCUCACGAAAUGGCACCGCGCCUUCCGCACCCUUGAGAUCGCGCAGCUCCGUAGCCCGAUGUUCUUCCACGUUGACCCCAGCGACCGCGACGGCAUGCUCGCAUAUACGACGGAACAAAGUCGCGAGAGUGAUCUCUGGGAGAUACCGGGGUGUGUAGGGAAAGAGAUCUCGAAGCACAAGAAGAAGAAACAGCAGCGUCAACGACUGAAGCAGAAAAAGGGAAAUCUUGGCGUGCUGGGUGAUACAGAGAUUGACGAGCGCGAUCGUAAGGAUUACUUCUCCCCAGGGACUGCAUUGUUCAGGGAUUUCUGUGAGAGCGUUGUGGGCAGGUAUGGGCUCGACAAGAAGGGACUGAUAGAGGAAGGAGAGGUUGCUGAUAUCACGUAUGGAUAUGUGGAUGACGUUGAUUCCGUGAAGAAAGUGUUCACGGUUGCGACAAAGGAUGGAAGCGUUUUCCAUGCUAGGGCUGUGGUAUUGGCCGUUGGUCCUGGCGGGAAGAAGAUCAUGCCCUUUGAGCUGAGCGAUCAGGAGAGAGAGGGUGCCUGUCAUAGCUCCGAGAUCAGGCCAGGCCUGUUCCCAAGUGUCCAUGUGAAGAGAAAGAUCCAGGCACGAAAGGAAACGAACCUGGUCGUCGUGGGAGGCGGGUUGUCGUCCGCGCAGAUCGUCGACAUGGCAAUCAGAAAGGGCGUGAGCAAAGUGUGGUUCCUGAUGAGGUCCGAUUUCAAAGUCAAACACUUCGACAUAACCCUAACCUGGAUGGGGAAAUUCAAAAACUACGAAAAAGCCGUCUUCUGGUCCGCCGACACAGACGAAGAGCGUCUCGAAAUGAUCAAGACAGCCCGCGGCGGCGGCAGCAUCACGCCCCGGUACCAGAAGAUCCUACAGCACCACGCCUCAGCAAAGAGAGUCUCCAUCCACACCCGCACAACCAUCGCAUCGCGAACCUACAACCCCUCCACAAAGACCUGGCAUCUGACCACCAACCCGCCGAUUCCGGACUUCCCCGCUGAGAUCGACCACAUCUACUUCGCGACGGGGAUGCACAUGGACGUCAACGAGUUGCCGUUCCUGCAGAAGAUGCAUAGCGAGUAUCCCAUACGCUCGAUCGGCGGCUUGCCCUGUCUCACGGACGAUCUGAUGUGGCAGGCGGAGGUGCCGCUGUAUAUGACGGGGAGGCUCGCAGCGUUGAGGUUGGGUCCCGGGGCGCCGAACCUCGAGGGCGCGAGACUUGGGGCUGAGAGGGUUGCGUGGAGCUUGGAGGAGGUGCUUGGGAGGAGGGCUUUCGGGAAGGAUGGACAGGAUGAAGGGGAUGUUGAGCGGUCCGUAGAGUGUUUCUGUGGGCUCGGGAAUCGGUAUGCUAGGUUGGCCGAGGCGUGA